CCAACAAACAUGGCGGACCGGACUGUCCUUGUUCUACUUCCUCUCAGAGUGAGACCGACCAAUCGGAAUAGACCCGAGCGUUUCGUCACGGCCAAUCGGCUGACGCUCUUCUCUUCUCGAAAACAUGUCGCCCAUGAAGCUGUGUGUUCCAGGUGACAAGCUGUGCAGUGUAGAAGACUGUAUUCCUGGCACAGGAGUAUACCUGCGGCACGGCUACAUAUACUCCUCACUAGCAGGCUACGUGCUCAGGAAAAACGAGGGAGAGGAGUUACCAGUGAUCUCAGUUGUCAGGGAAACAGAAACGCAGCUGCUACCAGAUGUAGGAGCAAUCGUCACCUGUAAGGUGACCAGCAUCAACCCCAGAUUCGCCAAAGUCCACAUCCUUUAUGUAGGCUCCACACCAUUGAAGGACCGCUUCAGAGGGACGAUCAGAAAAGAAGAUGUGCGUGCAACUGAGAAAGAUAAGGUGGAGACGUACAAAAGCUUCAGACCUGGAGACAUUGUCUUGGCAAAAGUGAUCUCACUUGGUGAUGUGCAGUCGAACUACCUGUUGACCACAGCAGAGAAUGAACUGGGGGUGGUGGUGGCACACAGUGAAUCAGGUGCCCAGAUGGUUCCCAUCAGCUGGUGUGAGAUGCAGUGCCCGCGGACACACUCAAAAGAGUUCCGCAAAGUGGCGCGAGUGCAGCCGGAGUAUCUGCAGGCAUGAGAGCACUGAAACUUCUUUCUUCCACAAGGAACACACAGCUUCCCUUCCCUCCUUGUCAUCAAGUAGCCUCCCAGCUCUGUUUUCAGAUGUUUCCUGAGAGUCUAUCCUAAGUGUUUUUUAAAAUGGCUUUCUCUCUGCACAUACCGUCAUCAUUUGAUUGUGCUGGCUUGAAAACACGGAAUCAGCGUCAGACCAAACUGCACAAUUGUCAGGACUUACUCUAAACAAUGUAGCAACUGUUGUAAAGACUAUUUUCAGAGCGUGUACCAGGAAUCUAGGUUAUUUUUAAAGAUGCCUUUAAAUUGCCUAAUUACAACUGUCUGAUUCAGUUCAUUCAUGUUACAUUGCCGCUGCCAAACUUUGUAAGUGACCAUUAUGUUGAGAAGCAUCAGCACUGCAGGAAGAAGGUCAUUUUUCCCAGGGGCAGGAUUUUUUAGUUUGGCUACUAACUGUUAUCAUCAGGUCGCUUGAAGGAUGAUGCAGUUGAGUCAUGUUGCUGGGUGCAUAAAUGUGGGACUUGGUUAAGACAAGGCCCAGAUUCCAAGUCGUGUAGAGACAAAAAUGAACUCUGUAUUUUGUAUCCAGAGAGCAUUCAAAGAUCAGCUGUAUUUGGUCUGAAAUAAAGGGGAUAUACUGUACUUUGAAAAGUCUUAUGCAUGAUGUCAGAUGAUGGGCUCAUUUUUUUUGUUUUUAUACCUUGUCAGUGAAAGUGACAAAACCAUCAACUUAGCUGAAAGACAUUUUAUUCUCCUCAGGCUCAUUUUUUCCUCACUCCUUUACAACUUUUAGUAAGUUUCAAGGAAACAGAUGGACAAAUGUUGUCCACACAGCAAAUGUGAUUGUGAGCCUAAUGUUCAAUCUGAGUUACGACACGAUGCUACUAUGCACAGAAUAUUGAAGUACGUGUGACAGUCGAACGUUUCUUUUAUAGUUGUUUUCUAGCACAUUGUCGAAGCUAAAGGAUUAUGAGCCAACAAGCAGAAAUGUUCCCAUUUUCUUUGAAGUGAACUGUACUUCAUUCUUUUUUUUUUAAUUUUUUUUUUUAUUUUGCAACAGAUGUCAUUCAUGUGCAAGACUGGAAUAAAUGACUAUCAAACUA